AUGACGCACCUUGAACGUGCGUCUGAUCUCUGCGCCAUAGAUCAUCCAUGCUGCCCUGCAGCACUAUUCAAUCUAGCUUCCGCGAAGUUUGUUAAUUGCCAAGUAAAUGGAACAUACCUAGACCUCGACAUGCCCAUCUCUCUUUUUCAAGACGCCCUUGCUUUGCGUCCUACUGGUCAUCCUGACCGACCCACGACCCAGCUCCAUCUUGCCAUUUCUCUACUAGAUGACCCCCAUGAAUUGGAUGAAGUGAUCUCCCUUCAUUACGAUGCCCUGCGAUGCUACAACACUAUGCAUGAUGACCGAGGGCAAUUGCUAGGCAAUCUAGGCGCAAUGCUGAACACUCGCUAUCGUCGUCAAGGCAAUAGCCAAGACUUGGACGAGGCCAUAACGCGUCUUGGGGAUGCGCUGGCUUUAAGUCCAGUCGGUCACCCAAAUCGAUCCUCGUUAUUAAAUAACCUUGCGAAUGUGCUCAGAACCCGCUUCAAGCACCGAGGAAAUGACCAAGACUUGGAUGACGCAGUGAUGCUUCACAGGGAUGCGCUGGCUUUACGUCCAGUCGGUCACCCAGAUCGGUUCAUGUCAGUAAAUAACCUUGGGACUGUGCUCUCCACCCGCUUUGAGCACCGAGGCAAUGAGCAAGACUUGGAUGACGCUGUCAUGCUUCACAGGGAUGCGCUGACUUUACAUCCAGUCGGUCACCCAGAUCGGUCCAUGUCAGCAAAUAACCUUGCGAAUGUUCUCUCCACCCUCUUCGAGCACCGAGGCAAUGACCAAGACUUGGAUGAGGCUGUCAUGCUUCACAGGGACGCGCUGGCUUCACGUCCAGUCGGUCACCCAGAUCGGUCCAUGUCAUUAAAUAACCUUGCGACUGUGCUCUCCACCCGCUUCGAGCACCGAGGCAAUGACCAAGACUUGGAUGAGGCUGUCAUGCUUCACAGGGAUGCGCUGGCUUUAGAUGCAGUCGGUCACCCAGAUCGGUUUGGGUCAUUAAAUAACCUUGCGGCUGUGCUCUCCACCCGCUUCGAGCACCGAGGCAAUGACCAAGACUUGGAUGAGGCUGUCAUGCUUCACAGGGACGCGCUGGCUUUAUGUCCAGUCGGUUACCCAGAUCGGUCCGGGUCAUUAAAUAACCUUGCGACUGUGCUCUCCACCCGCUUCGAGCACCGAGGCAAUGACCAAGACUUGGAUGAGGCUGUCAUGCUUCACAGGGAUGCGCUGGCUUUACGUCCAGUCGGUCACCCAGAUCGGUCCUCGUCAUUAAAUAACCUUGCGACUGUGCUCUCCACCCGCUUCGAGCACCGAGGCAAUGACCAAGACUUGGAUGACACUGUCAUGCUUCUCAGGGAUGCGCUGGCUUUACAUCCAGUCGGUCACCCAGAUCGGUCCAGGUCAUUAAAUAACCUUGCGAAUGUUCUCUCCACCCGCUUCAAGCACCGAGGCAAUGACCAAGAUUUGGAUGACGCUGUCAUGCUUCACAGGGACACGCUGGCUUUACGUCCAGUCGGUCACCCAGAUCGGUCCAGGUCAUUAAGUAACCUUGCGAAUGUUCUCUCCACCCGCUUCGAGCACCGAGGCAAUGACCAAGACUUGGAUGACGGUGUCAUGCUUCACAGGAACGCGCUGGCUUUGCGUCCAGUCGGUCACCCAGAUCGGUCCUCGUCAUUAAAUAACCUUGGGAUAUUACUCUCUACCCGCUUCGAGCACCGACGCGAUCGAGAAGACAUCCACGAGUCACAAGAGAAUCUCUGCUGUGCAUUGACUCUCUUGACGCAACAUGAUCCUCGUCUAUUAAUGGUCCAUGGAUCGCUAGCUAACGUCUAUAUGUUGUUCCAUCAAUCGGGACUUGACGGCACUGGUGAACACAUUGACAGUUUGGCUGCUGCCAUGCAUCAUCUCAAGGCAGCAGCAAAUGUUGUCUCUGGAGGUUUGCUAUCUCGCCUGCGAGCAAGUCUACGCUGGGUUGACAAGGCCCACGAACAUUCACAUGCUACUCAACUGGAGGCUUAUGCGACUUCCAUGCAGCUUCUCGACACUUACAUGUCCGCGACAGCUUCAGUAUCGUCUCGUCAUGAUGCCAUGAAGAACUUUCCAAGUACACUUGCCGUGGAUGCUGCAUCAUGUGCGCUUCGUAGUGGUGAUGUGUGUCGCGCUGUCGAGUUGUUAGAACAAGGCAGGACUGUUAUCUGGACCCAGAUGACACGACUCCGCACGCCUCUUGACGGCCUCCAAGAUCUCGGUGAUCAUGCAGUGUCCCUGAUGAAGAAAUUCAGACACUUCAGCUCCCUCCUUGAUGCACCUCCUGCCAAUCGUGCAGAGGGAACCCCAGGAGUCAAUGCAGAAGCAGAAGCAAGCCGGUACCGACGUCUAUUGGAGGACUGGAAUAGAGUUGUAGAAGAUAUUCGCAAGAUCGAGGGCUUCUCUCGCUUCCUACUUCCCCCCUUGUUCUCAGAUCUUCAAAAUGCAGCUCGUGAUGGGCCUAUCAUCGUGCUCGCUGCAAGCAGGUUGUCUUGCAAUGCCAUUAUUGUUCCACACAACCAACCUCCGAUCAACAUUAAACUCUGCAUCAAUUUGGAGAAACUCCAACAUUUGGUGGUCAAAUUCCAACGGGCCAGUCAACCACAGGCCGCUCCCAAACCCACUCCCGAAGCCACUUCCAAGCCCUCUCCAAAACGGACCCAAUCAGCGCUGAUGAAAGCUUUGAUGGAGUUAUGGGACGACGUUGUCAGCCCGGUGGUAGACAAUCUGGACGGAUUUGCACCACGAGGUUCCCGGAUAUGGUGGUGUCCGACGUCUUUCUUCAAUUUUUUGCCGUUGCACGCUGCUGGCGCGUACAGGCAUGGUGGACAGUUGCUUUCGAACCUUUAUAUCUCUUCAUAUACGCCAUCACUUACCGCGCUGAUCAGGGCUCGCAGAAGUCACGACAGAUCCCUGUCGGUGCCCUUUGCUGCCAUCGGUCAGAAUCACCCAGCUGGUCAUCCAUUCACUUUGGAGUGUGUGGAGCCCGAACUAGAAUUGGUGCGGAGUCUUUUGCCCCCUCCUCCGACUGUUUCCUUCACCAAAAUAACGAGCGCUGAGGCAACGAAAUCGAGAGCGUUGGAUGCAUUGCGAGACAAUACCUGGCUUCAUUUUUCGUGUCACGGGACACAGAACUACACAGAACCCUUCAAUUCGGCCUUUCUCAUGCUCGACCAACCGCUUUCACUCCUCGAUAUCGCGCAAACGGAUCUGUCUCGGCAUGAAUUUGCCUUUCUUUCUGCCUGUGAAACCGCAGUCGGUGAUGUAAAUACGCCUGACGAAGUCAUACACCUGGCGGCUAGCCUACAAUUUGCUGGUGUGCAGAGUGUGAUUGGGACAUUAUGGAGUGUCAACGACAGUACGGUGCAGCGCUUAGUCGAGGCAUUCUACAAGAACUUGUGCGGAGAUGGAACAAUGAAUUCCAAGCGGGCUGCACGAGCACUGCACCGAGCGGUCCAGUCGUUGGCCAGUGACAAGGACAUGCCAUUGGAGCAGCGCAUAGUGUUCAUGCAUAUUGGCAUAUGA